CGGGGCACGCUGGGACCCGCCCCUUUCCUGCUCCGCAGGCCGCGGCCGCGGAUUGGUGGUGCGUGCACCACGUGCCCGCCUACCGCCUCUUCAUUGGUCGGCGACCCAAUCCGUUACCUCUGGGCUGGACAAGAGGCUGAGAGGGUGGUGAGAGUGUCCGGCGUUGCCGCGGUAACGGCCGCCCCGGGGAUGGCGGCGGGGCGUGCCCCGCGAGCGGGGAACCUCUAGGGUGGUGUCAGGUGCUGAGAGAAGCCGCCAUGGCGUGGUUCAAGGUGCUCCGUGAAAAGAGUUGGUGCUUGGCAAUAUAAAGCCGUGGAAAUAGCCGGCAAGGUUACUUAGGAUUGUGUUGAAAAUGCUGGGGGAGGAAAAGCAAUUAAUUGUUAAAAGAGACCUUUACACAGACCCCACGUUUCCAGCCAGUGAUACCUCUAUAUUUUUUGAUUAUGGUACCCCACUUGCCCAGUUCAGAGGCGAAAUAUCUUGGUUGAGACCUAAGGACAUUUGUUCUACUCCUCGGUUAUUUUCAAACAAUCUGCAGGAUGUGCAAGUGAAACAAGGAAUUUUGGGAGAUUGUUGGUUCUUGUGUGCCUGUGUAGCUUUGCAGAAGAGUAAAUACCUACUGAAUAAGGUAAUCCCUCCAGGUCAGCCCAGCUGGACAGAUGAGUCAUAUCAAGGCUGUUUCACUUGCCGAGUCUGGCAGUUUGGACACUGGGUGGAAGUGACCAUCGACGAUCGUUUGCCUUGCCUUGGUGGUAAACUCUGCUUUUCCCAGUGUCAGACAGAGGAUUUGUUUUGGCUCCCACUAUUGGAAAAAGCUUAUGCAAAAGUGCAUGGAUCUUAUGAACAGUUGUGGGCAGGACAGGUGGCAGAUGCUUUGGUCGAUCUGACUGGAGGAAUUGCUGAAAGAUGGACUCUGAAAGGCCCUGGAAGAAACUUGGAGAAAGAGAAGACUGGCAUGGUUUUGGAGAAAGCAGUGUUUAGGAGAUUAAUGAAUCUGAAGGAACAGUGUGUAAUAAGCUGCUCAGUCCUCAAUUCCAGACAAGGUGCAAGUGAGCUAGGAGAAUUUCAUGCCUUUAUUGUGAUAGACAUGUUGAAUCUGUCUGAAGUGUCAGGCAAAGAAAUCUUCCUACUGCGAAUACGAAAUCCCUGGGGGAGGCGGUGCUGGAGAGGUCCCUGGUGUGAGGGUGGUCAAGGAUGGAGCCAGCUAGAUCCAGUACUUGCCUCAGAACUGCUGUCUCAGAUCCAAGAGGGAGAAUUCUGGGUUGAUGAAGAGGAAUUUUUCAGAGAAUUUGAUGAGAUUACCAUGGGUUUUCCAGUCAAUGAGGAAGGACAACUUCAGAGCCUCUAUACAGAGAAAGUGCUGUAUCACUCGCAGAAUCUUUUUGGAUCAUGGGUGAGGGGCCAGUCCGCAGGUGGCUGCCGUAACAACAGCAGCUUCCCUACCAACCCGAAGUUCUGGCUGAGAGUCUGUGAAAAGAGUGAGGUGUGCAUUGCUCUGCUGCAGAAACAUAGGAAAUACAGUGCUGACUGGGCCGGAAGAAUUAAAAAUCUGACUCACUUAGCAGAGGAGAAUCUAUCUUUGACUGAAGGCAUACAGGGGAAGAAUUACCAGGCUGUGGGAUUGCAUGUCUGGAAGGUGGAGAAGAAACGAUUUAACCUUCCAAAGACCCUCUCUGCUCCUCCAGUUGUAGGUACCGUCUGCCAUUCCUAUGAUAGAGAAGUGCAUGUAUGCUGUGACCUUUCACCUGGGUUUUAUCUUGUUGUUCCCAGCACUUUUCUGAAAGAUGCAGUAGGGAAUUUCUUGCUUCGUGUAUUUUCAACGGGAAGGAUCUCUCUCAGUGAGCUAAAGCUACCACCCACAGAUGCUGCCCUCUGUGAAGAAGUCCCAGCAGGUGAAUGGGAGACAGUGCAGCUGCAUGGAUGCUGGAAAAAUGGGCAAAGUGCUGGAGGUAGCAGGAACUUCCCCUCCUUCCAUAUCAAUCCCUGCUUUCCCCUCUCCAUUCCUGCAGGACCAGGAAAAAGCAGUGUGAAAGUUACCCUCCGUCAGCACUGCCAAGAUAGCAAGUAUCGUCCAAUAGGUUUCCAUAUUUUCCAGGUGCCUAACAGCAGCUGGAAACCACAUACUUCCUCUUUUCUACACUUGGAGCCACUGGUUAGCUGUGUACCUCAUUGCUACUCACAGGAAGUAAGCCAACUUUGCAAACUUCCUGCAGGAAGUUAUGUGAUUAUACCUUCUACGUACUUGCCCAAUACAGAGGGUGAUUUUACGGUGGUUAUAGCAACCAAAAUAGACAGGAAGCGCAUUCACAGCCGGGAGACACUUGGACAAGUAUUGCAAGAAAUUUCAUUUACAACUGUGAUGAAAAGGUAAUCUGGAGUUCUCACACUUGUCGUUUCGAGAACCAUUGGAAAGCCGAGGAAUGCCUCACCUCUUGCUGUUUUCAGUUUUAAAUGGAAUAACAAGAAGAUACUCUUAGCCCUGCUGUUUUUCACUGGUACCAACUGUCAGGCCUACAAUGACGACUUUGUAAAAAUACCUCCUUAAUCACGUACACUGAAUAUUUAUUCUUCCCGUUUUUUAGAACCAGCAUUGUACAGCAAAUCUUUAUAAGGUACCUCAGUUCUUCAAAAAUACAGGUGAAGAAUAUGUGCAUGUUUUAACCCAAGCUACAGUUUUAGAAGAAAACCAGAAAACAUGUGUGCAUAAUUAAAUAAUAUUUGGGGGAAAAAAAUCAAGCUUAUGGAAUAACUUCAGGAGACCAAAGGGGUAAACAUAAAGGAAGGAAACUGGAGUCUUUUUACAGGUAGGACAUACCUCAAGAACCAUCAAAAUACAGUGGAGUAGAGAAAGUCCAAGCUUGUAUCCUACACUGCCAGUCAUGCUGCUGAGCACUUUAUCAUGGGCCCUUUGUUGAACCAUGCAAAUGGUGGGUUGAAAAGAAAGACUUUUUUUUUGUGAGUUUUUCUUUAAUGAACACUGCAAAGGAAAAAAAUAAGACUUGAAAACUUUUGUUUAUGAACUACCAUGUCAGACUGCUUUUGUAAAUCUGUAAGGAUGUUUUAUGCAAAAUCUGCCCUGACUGUAAGAAAUACGAAGUUUAAGAGAUUUUUUCUUAAUUUCUGUUCGAAAGUAUUUCUUACUCAAGGAGGACUUUUUAGAUGUUAUAUUUUCCUCAAUAAAAAUGAAGUAAUGUUAAAAGUUUUAAAAUGUCUUUUAUUAAAAAGGUGAAAACUGUCAAUGAUGUCAACUCUGCAUUUGUUCUGCAGUAGCAAACCUUACAGUGUGUAAGAGCCCUGGGGAACCUUCACCAAAUGGAAGAGGAUAAUUGGAAAUAUUUGAGAGGAGAAUCAAGACUUCCAUUAGUUUUAUGUAUGAGAAAUAUGUAAUAUUCUACUUUUGCUUUUAACUACAUCCUAGCAUAAUUUAUGCUUGCUGCUAUUGAACUUUGAAAAUUGAAAGCAUCUAGGAUGCUUGCAGCUGAAUUUUAAGUGGUCAAAACUUUCCACAUCUGUUGUGGAAUGAUGAGACAACAAAAGAAAA